AUUUAUAUUUGAUUUUUAUCCUUAUUGGCUUGUGUUUAAGUAAUUAUUGAUCUUUAUAUAAAUUAUAAGUAAAUUAUUGAACUUUAUAUAAUUUAUAAGUGCGUUUGAAUAAAUUAUUGAUCUUUAUAUCAUUAAUAAAUUAUUUAACUUUAUAUCAUUAAUAAGUAUUGAUUUUUAUAUAAUUAAUAAAAUCAAUUAUUUGAUUGUUUAUUUAGAAAACUUCGAGCGGUAGUUAGACUAUAUAGUAGGUUUAGUAACAUGAUUAGUGUGAGAUGUGUAGAGAUUGGUUAGUAACAUGUUUUUUGUGAGAUGUGUAGAAUUUGGUAUCAUGAAAAGAAGAGAGCGUAGUUGGAUGUAUGAUAGACUCGACGGGCGCAAUCUUAAGCCCGACUUUCUCAAGGGGGUUGGAGAGUUCAUUGAGUUUUGCAAAGAGCAUCCAACAUGCAAUGAUGGUGACAAAAUAAGAUGCCCGUGCCCCUUGUGUGAUAACAGGCGUUUUCAUGAUACUGAAACAGUUAGAGUACAUUUGUACAAGAAGGGCUUUGUUCGUAAUUACUAUCAAUGGAUAUGUCAAGGGGAAAGCUUAGUAGAGUCCUCGCGUGUUCAGCCAAAUCAAUAUCGGGAUAUGGUUAUUGAUGCUCUUGGAAAUAAUCAAGAGCAUUUGGUGAAUGAAGAGGGUAAUUCAGUUGAAGAAGAACCAAAUGAUGAAGCUAAGAAGUUUAUAGACCUUCUAAAGGCAGCUGGAGAUCCAUUAUAUGAAGGGAGCAAACUCUCUGUGUUGGAGAUGGCAUCAAGAAUUGCAAGUUUGAAAUGUGAAUUCAACUUACAACACAGGUGUGUGGAUGGGUUUGCAUCUUUGAUGAAUGAUGCGAUUCCAAAUAACAACCAAAUGGGUAGAACUUUCAAUAGCACAAAGAAGGUUCUUGAGGGCUUGGAACUUCCUCAUGAGAGGAUCCACACAUGCCCUAAAGGUUGUUUGCUCUUCUGGAAAGGCGAUGCACAGUUAGAUAAAUGUAGAGUAUGCGGAAGUGAUCGGUAUAAGAAGACUGCAAAGGGAAAACUAUGAAAAAAAUGUUGCUGAAUGUGUUGAAAAAGGCAUUGCUAAAGAUCCCAACCAAAUCUACUUUGAGACAGUAGGUGGGAGAAAGAAGGGAAAGGUCCCCGGGCUGGGUAGUGGAGCCUCUCUAUACUUUGCACCAUCUAGAAGGGGUGGUAGUUCUUCUAGCUCAUACACCCCAUCUAUUUAUUCUCAAAUGUCAUCUCGAUUGGAAGAGACUCAACAACAGUUGACCCAAAAAUCCAUUGAGCUUGAAACAACAAAAAAUCAGAUGUUAAAGGCUUUGGAGGACGAUCUACUUUUGAGGCAAAGGGAGAGAGAAGAAAGAGAAGCAGAGCGACUACAGCACCAAAGGGAGAUGGAAAGGGAGAGACAAGAGAGAGAAAGGGAGAGACAAGAAAGAGAAGAACAUGCCGCCCAGAUGAAAAAGGCAAUGGAGUCUUACGAGCGGAUGUUCAGUCAGUGUACUGGUUUUCCUUUCUCGCAGUCGCAGGACCCUCGAGAUCCAACCGGAGGCGGGACACCUUUGUGUUAGGUAGUUAGUAUUCUUGUAUUAGUUUGAACUAGUUACAACUUUUCGUAUUAACAUGUUUGAACAACAUUAUGUGUAUUAUGAAUCUUUGUUGUAUGACUUUGAACAUGUUUAAUAUUAUAACAUCGAGCAGGUUUCAUACGA